UAGAACAAAGAUUACGAAAACUUCCUCUGCUUCAGAUUUUCUCUCUUGAUUUUUCCGGGAAAAUCAGGAAUUUUCUCGGAGAAAAUUUUCGUAAUCAUGAACUGUGUUUCUACAUUUGAAUUGAUUCCUUCAAGUGCUCUAUUUCCAUGUGCAAAAUUAUCAAUCCCUGCGAAAUUUCUUCACAUUUCGAGCUCAAAAGCCUCAAUUUUUCCCAGAUGUCGUAGUUUCACUUUUUCUUCUUCUUUCUCAAUUCGGAGGAAACCUUUAAUUCUAGUUUCUUCGAAAUCUUCAGACGCGGAGGAGGUGUCAGAUACGGAGGACGAAUGGCUGAAGAAGCUACCGGAGAAGAACAAGCCACUGUAUUCGCAUAGCUUACCUUGUAUCGAAGCGUGGCUGAAGAAAUUAGGGUUUUACCAAAGUAAAGACGAUAGAGCUGUUUGGUUGAUUAAGAAACCUGAUUGGCAUGCUCAAUUAUCUCUUGACGUCACGGAUCUCUGCAUUAGGUACUUGAAAAGCGGGCCGGGAAAUCUAGAGAGAGACAUGGAAAGAAGGUUUAGCUAUGCGUUGAGUAGAGAAGAUACCGAGAAUGCCAUACUCGGAGGACCUUAAAGAAUAUAAAGAGUUUGUUGAGCAUCUUUGUUCUUAAACUUUGCUUAUGCUAUUUCAGUAGUUUCCCAUUAUAUGAUGCAUUUGCUUCUUUGAUCCGAAAACCAUUUUAUUUAUCACGAUUCUUUAGCCCCGUCUAAAACCCGCCUGAAGAACCUUUGCAUUAUCUAAGCUACUACUUAUAUGUGAAA